GCCGAAUGCCAUUUAUUGAAGGAGGGAGGAGGUCUUAAAUACAGGCUUACAGCACAGUGGGAGAACCCCGGAGGGCAGAUGUUUUACAUACUUGCAUCCUAGCUGUUUACACCAAAUGCAGGAGACACCCGUAAGCUGUUUUAGGAGGAAGGAAACCAGCAGGGAAUCAGCAUAGGGAGGACACCUGGUCAAGGUCAGCAAGCAAGGCAACAGCUACCAAAGGAAGGGUGGGGGGCAGGGUCCACCAGACUAGCCCCCAUUUACACUGUAAUUCUCCAGUACACACUAGUAGUAACUAGAGUCACCCGUUCCUUCCAGUAUGCUGUUUUACACAUCCCAUAUAAAUGCACACACUUGCUGCAUGAGGAAAUAAAAGUAGCCAUGUACUGAAUAUGAAACUCCUCUGACUGCUCUUCACAGCAUCCCUGACUUGAAAUGUGGGUGGAGCAGUCAGGGUGUAGACCAGUGAGGCGACGCCCACGUCCUACAAACAGAAUAUAGGCCUAUUCAGAUAAUCAGACUCAUUCCUGCUCAAAUAAUUUAUUGAGUGAGUUAAUGUUUUCAAGUAAGCAUAAAGGUGUGCGUUAGCUUCCUGCCACUAUGGCAAAUACCAGAGGGAGUCAUCAAGGAGAAAGUUUAUUUGGUUCAUAGCCUUGAAGGUUCCAGUUCAUUACUCAUGGGCCUCUGGAGAAAGCGGGCAGCCCACAUCAUGGCAGGAGCAGUUGGUAGAGCAAAAUGGCUCACCCACCCACCCAAUAACCCAAAGACCUCUACUAGGGUUCACCUCACUAAUUUCUACCACCUCCCCAUGAUGCCAAGUAUGGGACUAAGCCUGGGUCUUUAAUGUUUUCUGAACAUUGACAGUCUCACUAUGUAGCUGUAGCUGGCUGGAACUCGGUAUGUAGACCAGGUUGGCCCUGAACUCACAGAGUUCUGCCUGCCUCACCAUGCAUGUCUGAUCAGCUUCAAAACUUAGCGAGGAGUGGGCAGGCACUUAUCCUAACUUCUGUAAUUCUUAAGUGAUACCAUUUCCCCUUACUCGGGGGUUUCCAAAACUCAAUACCUCCCGACCUGACUUCCUCUUGCUUUUCCGGGAUUGGCACCCAUGAAAGCCUACUGCUAGCUGAUGUUUCAUUUCCCUCUCCAGAGGACCAGGGGCGACCUUGGCCGUCCAGCUCAAUCCUGCUCAUAUUCCCGGGGCAGCGUCUCCGUCCAGCUGACUCUGUGCCAACAAAACGCUUCCUGCUUGGCCGGUUUGAUCGCCUUCCUCGUCGUGGGGUUGGCAGAAAGCUGACCUCCUGCGAGGGCUGGGCACCAAAGGGAGUUCUUAUGUGGGAGGCACAGCUGAGUGGUUGUCAAAGGCCAUUUAAGGGCCUGCUGUCACUCCCUUGAGGUCACGGGCAUGCCCCAGAAUAGACUGAGUCCCGUGGGGUGGACAGAGGCUCAAGACGGGCUCGGGAUUCCUGCAGUCCGGGACACCAGCUUGGGUUUCGGUUCCGGUGGGUUCUGGGUCUGAGAACAGCAGCUGGCUCGUACUCCGCGGAGGGCGGGCCGGUCACCAUAGCGACGCCAAUCCUGGGCGGCGCCGGCUCGCGCGGGAGCCCGUGAGUCCUGGGUCCCCGACUCUUCGAGGCGGAAGCGCGCCGGGAGAGUCAUGCUUCGUGGGACCCUCUGGCUGUUGCUGCUGAUGCCACUGCGCCCCCCGGGCACGCAGGGCCACCGUGGUGCCAAAAGCCAGGGGCAGGAGGCCGAAGAGCCGGCCCCUUGGCCGGGUGUCCAACGCCUGCAGGAGCAGCUGAGGACGGUCGGGGCCCUGUCCAGACGGUACUGGACGCUCUUCAGCUGCUCCGUGUGGCCCGAUCACUGCGAGGACCAGGAGGCCCCCGCGCCGCCGCUGGGCUGGAGCCUUCCUCUGUGGGGCCGGCGGUCCCUGGAUAGGCUCGCCGAGUGGUUCUGCCGCUUUCAAGACUGCUGCGCCCGUGGCGGGGACUGCAGGAUCUCCAACAACUUGACAGGCUUAGAAUCGGACCUGCAUGUCCGGCUGCAUGGCCAGCAUCUGGCUAGCAAGCUGGUCCUACGAGCAGUGAGGGGCUACUUGGAGACCCCCCAAGUAGACAAGGCCCUGGCUCUGUCAUUCCAUGGCUGGUCUGGCACAGGCAAGAACUUCGUGGCCCGGAUGCUGGCGGAGAACCUGUACCGGGAUGGACUGAGGAGUGACUGUGUCAGGAUGCUCAUCUCCACCUUCCACUUCCCACACCCCAAGUAUGUGGACGCCUACAAGGAGGAGCUGCGGUGGCAGAUGCAGGAGACGCGGCGGCGCUGCCAGCAGAGCAUGUUCAUCUUUGAUGAAGCGGAGAAGCUGCACCCGGAGCUGCUGGAGCUGCUUGGACCGCACCUGGAAGCCAGGGUCCCCAAGGCCCAGGGCGUGGAACCCCCACGAGCCAUCUUCCUCUUUCUCAGUAACCUUGGGGGCAGUGUCAUCAAUGAGGUGGUCCUGGGUUUGCUUAAGGCUGGAUGGUCCAGGGAGGAAAUUACGUUGCAACACUUGGAGACUCCCCUUCAAGCUGAGAUCAUGGAGUCUGCCGACAGCAGCUUUGGCUCCAGCCGUCUUGUGAAGGAGAACCUGAUUGACCUCUUCACCCCAUUCCUGCCGUUGGAGUACCGCCAUGUGCGGCUGUGUGUCCGAGACGCCUUCCUGAGUCAGGACCUCCCGUACACAGAAGAGGCCCUGGAUGAAAUCGCCAAGAUGAUGACGUAUGUCCCUGAGGAGGAGCGGCUUUUCUCUUCCCAGGGCUGCAAAUCCAUUUCCCAGAGAAUCAACCUCUUCCUGCCUUGAGAGUGACUCAUUGUGCUUCCUGGAGCUGUCUUCCCUCACCAGAGAGCGCCUGAAUGUGCCAGGCACCCUGGUGUCCAGUACACUGCUUUAGCUAGUGCAGAAGGCAGACCUUAACAGAGGCAGUUAGUUCUUAAAAUCACUUGGUGCCUUAAAGACUUGCAUUCUAGACAUUCUGUAAUUUAGGCUUGGAAGUCAGAAAGCCAUCGGGAAGUCCCAAGUCCCAAAGGGUCCCUGGAACUCUCCCUACAGUCUCUUGGCACCAUAGCUCUUCCCAGAAGGCAGCUGGACUUGGAGUAGGAGUCUGAGGCUGCAGGACUCUUAGACUACAGAACAUGGAAGGAUGGAAGGUCUGUGGCUCAGCACGAGUGUGCUCCAUCCAGGUCUGUAGGCAUGGGCUGGCUUUCUAGAGGAAGGGGGUUCAGCUUGUUUGUGUGAGCAGAUCAGCAAAGGGCCUUAGGCUAAAGGGAAAACCACAUGCUUUCAAACCAUGCCAGUGACGGGUAUGGCACAUACUUGUGGGCCCAGCAUUGAGGAGGCUAAUACAGGAAAGAGCUCAAGAGACCUGAGCUGCCUCGUGAGUUUGAGGCCAGCCAGGCUUAACAAAAACCACAGGUGCGUUCUAUAGACUGAAAACUUGUUUCUCUUUAAAUUAGGGGCCUUGCUAUGUAAUGUUGUAUGUAUAGAUUAAAUUUUGUAUUUUUCUAACGUC